GAGUACUUGGGGCGCAUGCGGCAACCGUGCCUUUGCUCUCGCGAGGCUUCGUCUUUCCGGAAGCACUGGAGGACGGCCCUUGUGAACGGCGUCGGGAUGUGUGGGGGCUGUGUGGAGAAGGAGUAUCCCAACCGGGGUAACAUCUGCCUGGAGAAUGGAUCUUUCUUGCUGAACUUUACAGGCUGUGCAGUGUGCAAUAAGCGGGAUUUUAUGCUGAUCACAAACAAAUCUUUGAAGGAGGAGGAUGGAGAAGAAAUAGUUACCUAUGAUCAUCUGUGUAAGAAUUGUCAUCACGUAGUAGCCAGGCAUGAGUACACGUUCAGUAUCAUGGAUGAAUUUCAGGAGUAUACCAUGCUGUGUCUGUUAUGUGGCAAAGCUGAAGAUACUAUCAGUAUUCUCCCUGAUGACCCUCGACAAAUGACUCUGUUAUUCUGAGGAUCCCUGCAGUUCUUCAGUAACUAUGUUGUGUUGGUUUACAAUAUAGCAAGCCUGAUGGUUUGUCUUACUUAGUUUAUAAUGGAAAUUAGUUGCAUAUUUUUUUCUGCUUAGACUUAACUAUCCUUAGAAAGAAAAAGUAAUUUAGGGGAUUAUGCUGAGCUCCUCUGCUAAAGUUCCCAGUUCACAUCAGAAUGAAGCCAGAAUGAAAAAUCUCUGUUAGAAGUUAUAUGGCUGGAAGAUAUAACUAGAAUGGGAGUAUACCUAAUGCCCACAUCUUGGUUCCAAUAAAAGGAACCAGGACUCCUUGGAAAAGUGAUUGAUUCUAGGACGAGGGCAGUAAAUAUACAAGACGAGCUUGGAGCAUUUUGUGUCACAAAGAAAGUGCUCAAAAAAAAACCCUCACAAAACACAAUGAUUGGGAGUAUGUCAAAGGGGCAAAAAAGCCAACUCAAGGAGCUCCCUGUGACCAAAGUUGGAACAGUUUGAGCAACAGAAUAAAGUAGUAUUGGAUUAUAAUCCAAACUAUAAAUAUCUAUGAGUCCUUACUGAUAUAAAUGAAUGAUUGAAUAAGUAAAUACAUGAAUUGGAAGAAUAGACAAAUUGCCCAUGCAGAAGAAUUUCAAAUAAUGUUACGUAGAUGUUCCCUACUCCUUAAGUGUGAGUUAUAAAUAGCAACUCCCGACUGUAGAGCAGAAUUGGGUAGAGUUGAGUAUGCAAAACGAGAAAAGUAACAGUGGGAAAACCUGACAAACACUAGCUCAGCCAAGUGACCAAGAUUAACAUCCUCAGUGAUCAUCCUGUUGAUAAUAACAUGUACCCCUUGAUAUGAUAUGAUGGGAGGGCACUUUGCCUUUGUGGCCUUCCUCCCAAAAACCCAUAACUCCAGUCUAUUCAUGGGAAAAACAUCAGACAAAUCCCACUUGAGAGCCGUUCUGCAAAAUACCUGACCUUUACUCCUCAAAAUUGUCAAGGCCGUUAAAGACAAGUCUGGGAAACUCUCACUAAAGAGACAUGACAACUAAAUGUAAUGAGGUAUCCUGGAUGGGAUCCUGGGGCAGAAAAAGUGCAUUUGGUUAAAACUAGCAAAACCUGAAUAAAGUGUAGACUUUAAUUAACAUAAGUAAAUAGAAUGAUUUCAGCUGCUCCAAAGAGAUCUUAGAAUAUCUCACCUUGUGUAGUUGAAAGAACACUGGCUUGGGUGUUAUAAACCCUGGAAUUUAGGCCUCUCUGCCAUUGGUAACAGUAUAACCAUUAAGCAAAGUGUUACUCUGGUCUUUAUUGUCCCAUUUCUAUUAGAUUAGGCUAAUAAAAAUUGAUAUUUUACUUCCUUCACAGUAUUGUUAGAAGAUCCAAAUGAAUAAUGAAUAUAAAAUGUGUUGGAAAGCAUAUCAAGUACUAGAUGCAAUGAGAUGACUUUGGUUGAUUCUUCUCAGUCUGAGACCAAAACUUAAAGGGUCAGGCAUUAGAAACAAAAUUGUUUCCUCUUCAUAUCCAAGAAAUUUGGAAAUUCUGAACUAAAGCUUUGCUAAAGUGAGGUGAGCAAGGUGUUCAUUGUUGAUACCAGAGAAGUUUUGUUGUAUAACAGGAACGCUAAUGCUGAGGUUUAUUGAGCACUUACUGUAUGCCAGGGCCUUUUUAAACACUUACUUCAUCCUCAUUAACAAUUCCAUGAAGUAGGUACUAUUGUUAUCCCAAUUUUAGAGCCAAAGAAACUAAAGCACAAAGAAGUUAAAGGAGCUUAAGGUCACACAACUAGUACAGUGGCUCCCUCUCAACACUUCUGCUCGGCACACAUGAAGUCUCAGGGUCUGGCAAGGUUAGGAACAAGUUGAGACUGUCAGUGACAGCACUCUGCGGAAUCUAGGCACAUCAGACCAAGAUUUGUUAUUCAGAAAAGUUAAGUCAUCUGCUCCUCAGGAAUCAGUUGUGUUAUUCCUGGAAGAUGUUUUCCACUUUUCUGCAAAUCUAUAUCUGACCUGCUGAGGAAAUCGUUUGGUGAAAUGGAUCCAGAAAGCAGAGAAAAUGCUUCAUUACUUUAAAUAGCAGCACUAAGCCCAUUAUAGCCUCUGAAUUGUCCCUUCUUGGAGUUUGCUAAUGCUUCCAACUUAGUCAUUUGGAGUUCAAGGGUAUGACUUCAUAAGCCCCUACUGAUAUCCUUGUCUAUUACAGACUGUAUAAUUAUCCUAUCUGUUUUGGACUAUAUCCUACAAAAUUUAAAACAUAAGGUCCUAUCCACAUAUGUCAUUAUUAAACCAACCUUGUGCUGUGUUUUGUGAUACUUUCUUUAUCUUCUAGAAUUCUUUUAUGGGUCUAAUCAAAUAAAGACCUCUUCAACCCAG